AUGCACAAUGCACUUUUCCAAAAUCACCAGUAUGGACGGCUUAUGGUUGUGAACGCUGGCAAAAAAGGUGCACCAACUCCUGCUGCCACCCCUGCUGCCGCUCCGGCCCUGCUCCUGGAGCAACUGGUUGCACCAGGACCUGCAGCUGGCGGCAAGGCAGGAUCAAGAGACGUGGUUGAAGAAAUCAGGAAAGAAAUUAUGGUUGUGAACGCUGGCAAACAAGGUCCUGCACCAGCUCCUGCUGCCACCCCUGCUGCCGCUCCGGCCCCUGCUCCUGCACCAGGACCUGCACCUGCCGGCAAGGGAGGGUCAAGAGACAUGGUUGAAGAACAGAGGAAAGAAGUACCUAUUCCAGACGCAUCGCUCAGCGCAGAUGUCGCUCCAGUAAACGUUCAAUCACUUAAUGUAGUGCAAUUUCAUGACAACGACGGUUCCUUCACGACAAUUUACCCCAUGAAAUGUGGAUCGAAAGUAAAGGCGCUGUAUCAAGUAGAAGGCAUGGCC